AUGGGAACCCCUUUUGACGACAAUAUAUUAGGCAUGAAAAUGUGCACAUAACUAUAUAUAAGGGAAGAAUACGCAAAACUAUAUUAACUUAUCCAAAGUUUAACUUAAUCCGAUUAAUUAAAAACACAUUCAUAAUUUCCUUUAUUACUAUCACUUUCGUCGGUUUUCACAGGACUUAAUUUAGGUAAAAACGAAGAAGGACUGGCCUUGGCUAAAUUAAAUUUAUUGAACUUCAAAGAACUUUCUAAAAAAAGCAAAAAACAACUAAUUUUAAAUGAGGAAACAUUAUUAGCUUAAGUAGGAUUUAACUACUAUAAUCUAUACCGAAAUGCACAAUAUUAGUAAGAUAGAAUAGUUUAUUUGGCAAAAGUAUUGAAUAUUUGGAAUAUUCUCAUUCCAUGAAUGGAAAUAAUUAUGUCGUAUGCUUCAUUUUGGCUAAAAUUUAUGCUAAUACAAUGUAACUGGAAAAAGCACUUCAAUAUGCAAUUUUAUGCUGCAAUUUAAAUCAAUAUUCUCAAUAUCCAUUUAUUUUAUUAGCGCUUAUUUAUUCAGCUAAAGGAGAACUUGAAAGAUGCCAAAAAAUUAUUUCCGAAUUAAUUAAUGAUUAAUAACCUUCU